ACAAAGGCUAACAAGUUCUGAGAAAGUGAUGUGUAGACGCGAUGUUUCCUUGAGAAAAUAGGCAGCUUUUUUGGCCAUUGGGAACUAAACGCACAAAAAAAUGGCAGGAGCUGCUCUCAAGAGGCUUAUGGCUGAGUAUAAACAGCUAACCCUGAACUCUCCAGAAGGUAUUCUUGCAGGACCACUAUCUGAGGAAAACUUUUUUGAAUGGGAGGCUUUGAUAACAGGCCCAGAAGGAACUCCAUUUGAAGGAGGUGUUUUUACCACAAGACUUGUGUUCCCUCCUGAUUAUCCUUUGAGUCCUCCAAAAAUGAAGUUCACAUGUGAAAUGUUCCAUCCUAAUGUUUAUCCUGAUGGAAGAGUGUGUAUCUCCAUUCUACAUGCCCCUGGUGAUGAUCCCAUGGGGUAUGAGAGUAGUGCUGAAAGAUGGAGUCCUGUUCAGUCUGUAGAGAAAAUACUUCUGUCUGUUGUUAGUAUGCUGGCAGAACCAAAUGAUGAAAGUGGGGCAAAUGUAGAUGCUUCGAAAAUGUGGAGAGAAAAUCGAGAAAAAUUCAAUGAAAUAGCAAGACAGAUUGUAAAGAAAUCUCUAGGUCUUCAAUAAGCAUGUGAAAAUGCUUAAUAUUCUUUAUUAGUGGUUGUUGCAUUGUAUAAAAAGUGAAUGCAAAAAGAAGUGUGAAACCAUUAAUGAGUUUAGGAUGAAAUUAAAAACAAAUGGGGCACAGGAACACAGACUGGUAGUGAGGACACAUACAAGAUCACUUCCUUAAUUUUUUGUAGUUUAAUAACUAUAUAAAAAUUCAACAAUAUAAAGUUCUCCUAUUUAAAUAACAGAACAUUUCUAUUAAACUUCUGUACCACUAAGAUGUCACUCCACUACAUGGCAGGCUUAUGUCUUCAUAAAGCCAAAAUCAGGAAAGUUAUUCUUCAAAUACUGUUCAGAAAAUAGGAAUAUUUACCAAGAGUAAUGGCAAUUAUUGUACUUUAGAAUUGAAUAUACUGAUGGAAAGCCAACUGAUAAUUGCCUUGAACUCUCUUGCAAAAUGGCUUAAUUAUAUAUGUGUAAUUAAGACUGAUGAUUUUAGCAGAAGUUAAUAUUACUUGCUAAAAGUUAAAUACAAACUAAUUUUUAUGACAAAUUUAUGCUCUAUUUUUAAAAUUUAACCUAGCUGUAUACAAUCAUGGUGUUGAUGAGGUAAUGCUGUCUAUUCCAAUCAAUUUAACCGUUUUAAUUAAAAUUAAGCUGCACAUACCAUAGUGUACAAAGGUUUCCUUUGUUAGCACACUGUGUAAGGAGAAUGUUUUGACAUACAAAGUGGUGAAGAAACUUGUCAAAGAGAGUUGCAAAAUUUUUCUUCCACUGCUAACAAUUUCUUUGUAAACCACAGUGUAAAAACCAAAAUGGAAGCUAAUGAGGUUUAAAUAGUGCAAGAGGCAGAGGUAAAAAAGAGCAAAUAAAUAUCAGAGGAGUAGGAGUA